UUGCCGCAGAAAUUGCGGACACUGGCGCUGCUCGCUCGCAUUCUGAGCUCUUCCCUGAUUCGGGAAAUUGGCGCAGCUUGCCAUGGCGAGCAUGGCAAGUUCUCGGGCCGGCUGUCGUUGGACCAGCCCGGCAGUGGCUCCAGCACGAGAUUCUGUUGUCGCUGCCCAAUCCCGUCGAUUCUCGCUCUUUUCUUCGACGUCAGGUGCUGGAGUCUUCGGUGUCCCCUGCCGCACGAGUAAAAAGCUUGUCCGGGCCAAGCUCUUGGUUGCGAGAGAGCAAAUUUUUCCUCAUUCGAACGGAUUCUCGUCGAGUCUCGCUCGAUGUGCUCUGAUUGACAAUUCACAACCAAACGCAGCGGGAGGAAGUGAAGUUUGUCAUGAAUUACCGACUGCCAUUUGGGAGAGGACUGGAAUUGUGUUUGGAAAAAUAAAGCAGUUUGCUGCUAUUGUACUUGUCGCGUCGUCCUUUCAGUUAUUCUGCAAUGAAUUCGUGUUGGCGCUAGAGUUUGGCACCAACAAUUCGGAGCAGGGAACAGUGAAUGCUGCAAGCACGAAUGUCUCGAGCGGCGAGUUUUCACAACAAUUUGGAGCUCCCCUGAGCGUAGACAUAAAUUCUUCCACUGAAGUAACAUCACUUCCCAGCGAUGUUACAACCGAUUCAAGUUCUCAGGUGAGGUCUGUCUCUUCAUCACUGGAUACCGGAGAAGGAUUACCUUCCUCGCAACCAAGUGCAGAAAUUGGAAGGCCAGCUGAACUCAGCAAUCCGGAAUGCUCCACUAGUUCAAUGGCUGUUCUUGAAGAGGAAGCUGGCAGGAGCUCCGAACCGGUUACAAACGAGUCUGUAGUGGAGGAAGCGUGGGAGGUUGUGAAUGAGAAUUUCUUGGAUGCACGUCGGCACUCGUGGUCCGCGGAGGACUGGCUGAGGCAAAAGGAGGACGUUCUGAAAAGGCCCAUUCGAAGUAGAAUGGCAGCUUAUGGAGCUAUCAGGAGCAUGCUGGCAACUUUGAACGAUCCAUACACUCGCUUUUUGACACCUGAUCAGUUCUUACAGCUGUCGAAAUAUGACGUGACUGGAGUGGGACUCAAUAUUGGCGAGAUUGAGGUCAAUGGAACCACUAGCCUCCGGGUUCUUGGAAUUGUCCUCGGCAGUCCUGCUCAAACGAUGGGUGUGAGACAGGGUGACGAGCUGAUUGCUGUAAAUGGGACUGCAGUUCGCGGGAUGAGUGCGUUUGAAGCGGCUUCUCUUAUACAAGGCCCAAAGGGUACUCCCGUCACAAUCCAGAUCAGGCAUGGGCCGUGUGAGGAGGUGCAAAACCUUACAGUACCGAGGGAGCAGGAUGUCCGGACACCAGUGUUCUAUCGCUUAGAGCGGACACAAAAUCCUCGUCAGCUUAUGGGAUACAUCCGUUUGAAGGAGUUCAAUGCUUUAGCAAAAAGAGAUCUUGUCACUGCUAUGAAGAGAUUACAGGAUGCUGGUGCCACAUCGUUUCUACUUGAUCUACAAGACAAUCCCGGUGGACUGGUUCAGGCAGGGAUAGAGAUCGCAAGGCUAUUUCUCGAUGGAGGUGAAACGGUGAUACAGACAGUAGGGAGGGAUCCGACAAUUUUUAAAAAUAUCAUGGCUUCAGGUGUGGCGUUGACCAAAGCCCCCCUGAUGGUUCUCGUUAACGACCGUACAGCCAGUGCGAGUGAAAUUGUAGCUGCGGCUCUGCAUGAUAACUGCCGAGCUGUUUUAGUAGGAAAUCGAACAUUUGGGAAGGGUUUGAUUCAGUCCGUAUAUGAGUUGAGUGAUGGAUCGGGAAUAAUUCUUACUGUUGGGAAGUAUGUAACACCUGGCCAUAUCGACAUAGAUGGGAACGGGAUAGAGCCAGACUUCCGGAAUCCCCCAGGUCUGUCCGAAGCAAUGGAAAAGCUGGGGGCUUGUGAACUGAAGCUGAAAAGCGUGUCGUCUAUCUCAACCCAGACAUCCUAGACGAGGUUCAUGUACCAUUGUAGUUUAUUGAGACUUAACCCGUCGCAAGAACGUCACGAGGUCACCAGUAUUAGAAUUGCAGCUGCAUACUUGAACAGUAUACUGGCGAUUUAGAAAGGCGAACCAGAUAUUCUUUGGAGAUAGAGAGUUCGUUUGUGUAAUUGUAGUGUUUCAGAGAAAAUUAUUCUGGCAUUGUGUAAGCCAACGUACAUGACUUAUAAGCUGAAUAAAACCAUGAGUAGAACGUGUUUGGUUUUCGGAGUUUGUUACGUGGGUACUUGCACAACUUGAGGGUUCCUAGAGUGUUCUUAACUGGCUACAGACAGUGCCCUUUUGCUGUUUAGAGCUUGAUAAAACAAGCCCGUAUACUGGAACAGGUAAUCAAUAUUAACUCCAAAUUUUUGUUUA